CACAGCAGCGCAUUUCACCCUCCACCAACAACCAUGCUCCUUGCGACCUUGAGAAUUCUGCCAGCUACUCGGUAGCCACACAUGGAUCGGGCUCCGCUCCUCUGGGUCUCCGGCCUGUUCGCCUGUCUUCUCUAUAUUGCUUCCACCCUUGACACGUCCUUCGCAUUCGACCGACCCGUUCAUUCGUCCAUUGCCGUAUUGAUCGUCUGUGGCGCUGCGCUGCUACUCGCCCAGAAGAUAAGACCAUUUCACGGCACGACUGUCUCAAACGCCCAUUAUGCGCCGAUACCUCUACAGGACCUACAAGAUGGGGGAGCCGGUUCACGCCCAGCAUCCCCAGUAUUGGAAGGGCCUGGCGAAGUGGCCAAGCCUACAUUGUUUGGCCUGAGAGCCAGAACUGUUUUGGUCGGCCUGCUCCUGACGGCACGUAUAGAAGUGUUGCGCCGCGUGCUACAACGUGUUGAAUGCAGAGGGCCCAGUUUGACUCCUCUAGCUCUCGUAUUCGUCGCGGUGGCUGAUUGGUGGCAAUACCGGAAGAUGCGCCAGCAGCCCCGGGACGAAGAAGAGGUUGAUGAGAUGGAGACCACCAUUUAUGUGGAGUUUGCGACCACGGCAGGCAACAGCCCAUUGAAAACCUUGUUUGGUGUUGCAAUCAUUAUUGCUGGUAGCAUUGCCGCUUUUUCGAAGCCUUAUCCAGCCUUAUCUACAUACAUUUGUCCCGUAACAUCAACGGAUUCAGUCUUGAUACCCCGCCUUCAAACACUCGGUGUCUUUAUUGAUGGUCUUAUUGGCGCCCUUCUCUUCCAAUUGCUGGAUUCCAAGCAGAAGCAGCAUUCAAGGCUUUCGAGCAUGGGCGUACCGUAUGUUGGUUUGGCCUGCCUUAUAUCCGCUACGAUUUGGGUAGUGAUUGGGCUUUCAUAUUACUCUUUCGGGCCCUCAGACCUCCGAGAAUGGAUAAGCACACAUACACAACAGUAUACAGGAAGUGCCAUUAAAUUGGCACUGGCUAUAUCCAUUGCUGCUCUCUGCGCUGUACGCACAAUACACUAUGUGGGCGUUUUGAGUACCUCCGUAAUCGUCCUUUUCACAGCAGUAUUUGUAUACCUUUUCGGACCUGCAUGGAACCAUAAUCAUCCUUUCCCACCACUUCCAGGAGGCGGUAUAAUGUCGCUUCUAGUUGCGGUCAUAGGAUUUAUUGUCCAUGCCAUGCCAACAGCACAAAGUCACCGCGGGAAGCUCUCUCUAUGGACCUUCUUACCUGUGGUGUUGUUCCUAUUCAUGCUUCAAGUCAUGUUUGCCUACCAUGGAAGCAGUGAAGUCAGAUACCAUCCGAUCGACAUGCUCAUGUAUUACGCCAAUGAGAAUCACGGUAAGUGGUUGAAACAUGCCGGUAUCAAUGCGACCUUGUUCAACGCAACUACCAACUACACCGCUCGGUACGGGAGGCAUCCACCACCGCAUUUCGAUGAUUGGUAUAACUAUGCAGUCGAACGAAAUACGCUCAUUAUCGAUGAUUUCGACAAUAUCUACAGCGAUUUGCUGCCUUUCUGGGCCCUGAGUCCAGCUGAGAUCCGCCAGCGGACGUGGGAGGUCAUUGCUGACCCAGACAGUGGCAUUGGAGGCAUCAUCAUUCGGGAGGGCAAAGUUUCAAUAAGCGAUAAUGUUCCAGGGACACAUCGCUGGAUGCUUGAUGGUGUCGUAGAGAUGAUUGAAAAGUUCAGCAAAUGGUUACCUGACAUGGACCUGGCAUUCAACCUCAAUGACGAAUGUCGAGUUGCUGUACCCUACGACGAGAUGAACCGCAUCAGGGAUACGGCAUUGACUGAACGGAGCAGAAACCCUGGGGUUGUGUCAAAAUUCAGCUCUGAUCGCAGCAAAAAUUGGCAAGCCGUUCCCCAGGAGCCUGUUCGGACAAAUCGCUUCCAAGUUAUGUCAUUCAAGUCGACAUGGGAUGAAUUCGGAACAGUAGCAUGUCCGCCAAACUCCAAGGCUCGCACACAGCGCAUCUGGGACGUCAGCAAGUUAUGUACCGAUUGCGCCGUGCCGCAUUCACUCGGAGGAUACCUCGCCAACUGGACGCUUGCCGCGGACGUCUGCCAUCAGCCCGACCUCGCCCGCCUUCACGGCUUCUAUACGUCACCAGCAGCUUUCUCAGGCACGCAUGAUCUGAUGCCGAUUUUCAGCCAAGGCAAGGCAUCCGGCUACAACGACAUCCUCUACCCUUCAGCAUGGAACUACGUGGAGAAAGCGGUCUACGCGCCCAACGACGAAUAUCCCGACCCGCCCUUCGAGGAGAAGGAUCCCACGCUCUUCUGGCGCGGCAGCACCACCGAAGGCAUGUCGACGGGGCACGGCGAAUGGCGGGGCAUGGCACGGCAGCGCUUAGUGCACGAAGCGAUGAACACGAGCUCGACGCACGCGCUCCUCCUCCCAUGGCCCAUCUCCAACAACUACAAAAAGCAGCGGUACGCACUGGUCGCAGCCAGCGAGCUGCACGCCAACUUCGCCCCCGACGUGCAGUUCGUAUCCUACCCGCGCUGCUUCGAGGCGGACUGCAACGAGCAAUUCGCAGAGUUUGCGCCGCGCGAAGUCGCCGCCCCCAUCGACUUCCAGGGCACCUGGCGCUACCGCUACAUCCUCGACGCCGACGGCGCCGGCUUCAGCGGCCGCUUCAUCCCCUUCCUCCGCUCCGGCAGCGUGCCCUUCAAGAUGGCUCUGUUCCGCGAGUGGCUCGACGGCCGCGUCGUCCCGUGGGUGCAUUUCGUGCCGCUGGAUCUGCGCUUGCAGGGCUUAUGGGCCACGUUGGCGUUUUUUGAGGGCUUUAAUGGCACUGUUGUUGGUGGGGGGAGGGCGGUUGUGGGCGAGAGGCGGAGGCAUGCUGAGAGGAUUGCUAGGGAGGGGAGGGAGUGGGCCGAGAAGGUGCUUAGGAGGGAGGAUAUGGAGGUUUAUAUGUUUAGGUUGUUGUUGGAGUGGGGGCGGCUGACUGAUGAUAGGAGGGAUGAGCUGGGCUUUGUUGUUGGCGGUGGUGGUGGCGGGGGGUCGUGA